AUGGAGUUUGUGUCUGGAUAUCGAGAUGAGUUCCUUGACUUCACUGCCCUCCUCUUUGGCUGGUUCCGAAAGUUCGUGGCAGAGCGAGGGGCUGUGGAGACCAGCCUCGUGGGCCACUGGCGACAGUUGGAGGCGCAGAUCCGAAGGCUGCCCCAGGACCCUGCCCUUUGGGUGCUCCACGUCUUGCCUAACCGUAGUGUGGGCAUCAGCUUGGGGCAAGGGGCAGAGCCAGGCCCUGGACCAGGCCUGGGGGCGGGCUGGCUGCUGGGAGAUCAGCCUCCACUCCACCUCCGAGACCUGAGCCCCUAUGUCAGCUUUGUCAGCUUGGAGGAAGGCGAGGAAGGAGAGGAGGAAGAAGAGGAGGAAGAGGAAGAAAAUGGAGAGGAAGAGGGUGCAGGCAACGAGAAGGUAGAGCCAGAGGAGGAUGGGGAGCCAGUCCAUACGAGCAGGGAGUCCCCCCCGGAAGCAAAUCUUCCAGGGCAGCCAGAGGAGGCUGAGCAGAAGGAAGGAGGUGGCGAGAAUGGCUAUCAAGAGGAGCGGGCAGAAGAGGAAACUGGGCCCAAGAGGAGGAAGGGGCGAAGAAGUGAGGCUGCCCCCCUGCACCUUGCCUGCCUCUUACUGGUGACGGAUGAACAUGGCACCAUCUUGGGCAUUGACCUGCUAAUGGGUGGAGCCCAGAGGAGUGUGGGCAAGGGCUCCUGGACAGAGAACAUGGCUCCCCGGGCCUAUGCUCUCCUCUGCCACAGCAUGGCCUGCCCCAUGGGCUCCGGAGACCCCCGGAAGCCCCGGCAGCUUACCGUGGGGGACGCCCAGCUGCACCGAGAGCUGGAGAUUCUGGUCCCCAGGCUGGGCGUGAAGUUAGCCAAGACCCCGAUGCGGACGUGGGGUCCCCAGCCAGGCUUCACCUUUGCUUCCCUGCGGGCUCGAACCUGCCAUGUUUGUCACAAGCACAGCUUUGAAGUGAAGCUGACGCCCUGCCCCCAGUGCAGUGCUGUCUUGUACUGUGGCGAGGCCUGUCUCCGGGCCGACUGGCGGCGAUGCCCAGAAGAUGUGAGCCACAGGUUUUGGUGCCCGAGGCUGGCAGCCUUCAUGGAGCGGACAGGGGAACUGGCGACCCUGCCUUUCACCUACACUGCAGAGGUGACCAGCGAAACCUUCAACAAGGAGGCCUUCCUGGCCUCGCGAGGCCUCACUCGUGGCUACUGGACCCAGAUCAGCAUGCUGAUCCCAGGCCCCGGCACCCCCAGGCACCCCCGGGGCAGCACCCCGUCCCCCAGCCUUCUUCUCAACGGAGACCCCUACCAGCUUCUUCAGGGGGACGGGCCUGUCCUGAUGCCUCCUGUGCCCGCAGAUCCGCCCAGGGGCCUCUUUGGCUCGUGGCAGGAUUACUACACAUGGCGGGGCCUCAGCUUGGACUCCCCCAUGGCGGUGCUCCUCACCUACCCGCUGACUGUGUACUACGUCAUCACCCACCUGGUGCCCCAGUCCUUCCCCGAGCUCAACAUCCAGAACAAACAGUCUCUGAAGAUCCACGUGGUGGAGGCGGGGAAGGAGUUUGACCUUGUCAUGGUGUUCUGGGAGCUCUUGGUCUUGCUCCCCCACGUGGCCCUGGAACUACAGUUUGUGGGCGACGGCCUGCCCCCCGAGAGUGACCAGCAGCAUUUCACCUUGCAGAGGGAUGGUCCUGAAGUCUCUGUCCGUCCCGGUUCCGGGGUGUCAGCUCGGCUCAGCUCAGGGACUAAGGAGAAGGGGGGCCGGAGGGACCUGCAGAUCAAAGUGUCUGCUCGGCCCUACCACCUGCUCCAGGGGCCCAAGCCGGACCUGGUGAUCGGAUUUAACUCCGGCUUUGGCCUCAAAGACACUUGGCUGAGCUCGCUGCCCCGCUUACAGUCCCUCCGAGUGCCCGCCUUCUUCACGGAGAGCAGCGAGUACAGCUGUGUGAUGGACGAGCAGACCAUGGCCGUGGCCGCCGGCGGGGGCACUAGCCCCCCGCAGCCCAACCCCUUCCGCUCCCCGUUCCGUCUCCGAGCGGCCGACAACUGCAUGCCCUGGUAUUGCAACGCCUUCAUCUUCCACCUGAUCUACAAGCCCUCGCAGGGCAGCGGGGCCCGCGGGGCGCCGGGGCCCGGACCCCCAGCCCCGACCCCCGCCGCGCCCGCCGCCCCCGCCCGGAGGCGCCGCGGGGAGAAGAAGCCGGGGCGCGGGCCCCGCCGGCGGAGGUGA